GGGAUUUUAGAAAACCUGAAGAUGGAAGAAAUCUGUGAUAUUCCCGGAAAAAUCUGUUCUUUCCUGUGGGGGGUCGAGGAAGGCUCCACUGCCUUGCAGAUCUCCAGAAACGUUGGGUUAAAAACCAGCAAACAGGUGAACCCAGCGCUGUACGCGUUGGAGAGGACAGGGGAGCUGAAGAGGGAAGGAACAGCCCCACCACUGUGGCGCCUGUCCCCCCAGAAACGACAUGCGAUGGGUGGGGAGAAGGAAGGGGGAGAGGCAGGGGAGGUCCUUCACAAGCCUCCUUCUCCCAGCCCCGCACCCCCUGCUCCCAUCCCUCAAGAAGGAGCCAGCGUUGACCCAGCGAGCAUUUUACAAAUCCUGCAGGGGGUCGGGCUUGAAAAAGGUGGGGUCCCCUGUUUCAGAAUCGCCCGGGAGCUGGGGGUCCCCAAGAAAGCAGCCAACCAGGGCCUCUAUCGUCUCCUGCGGGAGGGGAAGGUGUGGAAAUCGGAGGGACCUCCACUGCUGUGGAGCCUCCCAGCCCUGGGGUCCCGAGGGUCCGAAAACGAGGCACCGAAAACAAGACCGGGGAAGGAAGACCUUCUGCGUGGGAGAGGAGAGAUUUUGGGGAGCCGGUUCGACGGGAGCGAUGAUACACAGGAGGGGAGCGCAGCCCCUCAGCCUCUCUCCAAACCCCAGGAUCUGAUAGCUGGCGCCCCGGGACCCACAGGGAAGCCAGCUCAGUCCCCCUCGCUUUCCUCCAGCGUUCAGAGGCUGGCGCUGGGGGAAGGCAGUGUUUGCAGUGCUGGCGAGGUCCUGGAAGCCCUGGAAGCUCUAGGGCCAGGUCAGACAGCCUUGCAGGUGGCUCGGAAGCUGGGAGCAACCAAGAAGGUAGCGAACCAUCAACUGUACUGUCUGGAGAAACAGGGAGCUGUGAGCAAAAACGGGGAGACGCCCCCGCGGUGGAGUCUGGCUACGGAGCCCAGAAAGAGGGCCACGGAGCCGGGAGAGGGAGAGGGGGAGAGGAGAGGUGGAGCGCAGGAGGAUGAAGCAGGAGAAGGGAUGGAGGAAAGCCUGGAGGCGUCUAGGAAACCAGAGCAGCCCCAGGAGGCAGAACUGCACGACUCCCGGGUCCUGCAGCUUUUCUCUGCCCAGGAGAGGGAGAGGGAGAGGGAGAGGAGGCAGAGGGGCUCCCCUGAGUCCUGGAACCUGGAGGAGGAGAGAGGGAGGGAGGAGGAGAAAGAGGAAAGUAGCGAUGAUGAUGUGGUGGUGGAAGAGAUCAUUGAGGAGGGGGCCGAUGAUACCAAGCAAGGAGACUGAAGAAUUGGGACAGACUAUUUUCGGGGGGGGCGCGUGUGUUACUAACUUUAUUAUUUUCAUUCUGUGUCUGUCAGACAAUUUUUGAUUUGUAUUAAAGUAUUUUAAUGUG